UUUUCUUGCGAUAUUCCUUUAGCCUUUUUAUUCCUGUGGUAGAGUGUGUUUGUGUGUGUUAGUGGGUGUGUUCCGUCCAAAGUGCCUUUUGUGUAUGUCUGUGUGUGUGCCUUUUUUUUUUUCCCACUCUUAAAUCAGUUAUAAUCAAAUCUGUUAAGAUUACAUGACGCCGAUUUGGUUCGAUAAAGAAAAUGUGGCUACUUUAUAAGGGAAAUACCGUUGCUAUGAAGUUUGUUUGACGGUUGCCACUUCCUUGAGAGACACCUCCGGGUACACUAUUGUGUUACCUUAUGCCUUUACGGAUGACACCUCAACUCGUUGACAACGACGACUAUCAAGUGAUUCUUAAACGUUCCGCAUCGAUUUAAUAAAGAAAAACAGGAAGAGGCCACAGGAAGGGCUGGUCCUUCCUUGUUUCUCAGUUCUUCUGCUGCCCUUAUUACAGACUCUCUCAAUGAGAAGUUGCUUCACUGCCUUUAUACUUUUUAUUUUGGUCCUGCCAAACAAGUGCCCUUGUUAGUUAUUUGUAGAAGAAUAGUUUUGUGGUAUCAAAAAAGUGUGCUGCUCAUGCCUGCUAUGAUGGAGUUUGAAGAUAGGAAGUGGCGGGAUAGAGAGGCUCUGAAACACAUCAUCGGACAAUGGAAUGCCAAUCGUCUAGACCUCUUUUCCCUGUCUGAACCCAAUGAGGAAUUUGAGUUCCACGGGGUGAUGAGGUUCUACUUUCAAGACGCAGGACAGAAAAUUGCCACGAAAUGCAUCAGGGUGUCGUCUACAGCCUCGACUCAGGCGGUGAUAGAGACCCUGAUUGAAAAGUUCAGGCCGGACAUGAAGAUGCUUCACAUGGCAGCCUACGCCCUCUACGAGAUCCACCCCAACGGUGCAGAGGAGAGGUGCCUUGGUGCCGAUGAGAAACCUUUGCUGGUCCAGUUGAACUGGCACAAGGACGACCGCGAGGGCCGUUUCCUUUUGAGAAGAGCCGACGAGAAAUCGACUCUGCCGGCCCAACAGCCUCCGGAAGAAUCGAGUUUCCGUCGCAAAUUCUCCAAAAGAGAGAAACGCAACGCCAAGAAAGAGAACAAACUCCGCAAGUUGAAGAGUUCGGAAAACGACGGCGGUGGUUGUAACGAUGGCGAAAACGGUGGCAAAAAUGGAACAACAGUGGCCGAAAAGCUUUACACGGAGCUUCCGGAGACGAGUUUCACACGCUCCAUCAGUAAUCCGGAAGCUGUGAUGCGUCGUCGUAGACAGCAAAAAUUGGAACGUAAAUUACAGCUUUUCCGGUCGAAAGAUGGCGGCCCAGACACUGGCGGAACACUUAAAAUUUAUGGGGAGAGUUUGUGCCGUGAUGUGCCGUACAAGACGCUGUUGCUGUCUGUUCGCGAAACGGCCGCCUACGUCGUUCGUGAAAUGCUGGACAAGUAUGCACUGACGAGAGAGGAUCCAUCCAAUUAUUGCCUUGUCCAGGUGACGGGUGGAACUCAACCGACUGGCAAUAACAACAGUGGAGGCGAGCCACCUAGCGAGUACAUCCUGGAAGACGACGAGUGUCCUUUAUCAAUUCUGAUGAACCACACUCCAGGGACAGGUCCAGUCAUGUUUCACGUCAGGAGACGGCCAGCUGACAGCAAUUCACAAGCUGCUCGUCGUCGUAAAAAGAAGCUCAGCGGAAGUGGAAGUCAAGGUGGAAACAACCAGAACGCCAAUAGUUCCAACACUGGAUCCAUCGGUCGUUUGGGCGAAUUGGCAUCGCCGGAUCAAGAUCCCGAACAACGCACUUUGCCCUACUUGGUCGAAUUGAAUCCAGACGGAAGUGAAGUCCGUCAAGGCAAUCAAGUUAGACGUCAUUUCGUCUCGCCCACUGUGACGGAAGUCGGUUCGGAACGACCUGCUCCGCCACAUCCGUCCUCACCUAUCGCUGUUCCGUCUAUUCAACUCUUUGGGCCGGGAAUACAUCCGCGUCAUUGCGUACUUGCUCAUACGGAAGGGAUGGUGACAUUGACACCCUGCAGCCCCCAAGCGGAAACUUACGUCAACGGCCAGAGACUCUGCGAGACGACCUUAUUGCAACAUGGAUGCGUCAUUCGCUUCGGCCGAAACGCCUAUCAAUUCCGUUUUAUCGAUCCGGCUAGUGAGUUCCGCACUCCAGCCGCAUCGACAGCUCUUAAUUACGAACGAUUCACGGGCCAGCCCGGUGGGGGAGCUAAUAGAGCGGUUUCGGCAACCCCGUCAGCUGGUAAUGUUAUUCCCGCUACGGCUGCUGUCGUGGCUCCACCUCCUGCUGGACCUGUUAUGGUAGCUGGAACUGAUCCCAUUUUACCUGCCGUCCUGGAAUUACCAGAAGAUGUGGAAGACGCUUUCUUGCACUCGUUGAUUCCAAACUUGGAUACGAGGCAAAUUGUUUUUCGAUUGGCGCCCACUUAUUCGCUUUAUCUGAUGGCCCGUUACCGGGCAUCGACUCACUUCCGACCGGAAUUGAACCCGAUGGAACGCGCCCAGCGAUUGACGUUGACACUGAGCCGCGUCGGCGCCAUGAUGCAGGCCAUCGUCCAGGAACGAUACGCCGAUCCACCAUCGCUGGCCUUUUGGAUGGCCAACGCAUCUGAACUCCUCCAUUUUCUCAAAUCGGACCGGCACAUUUGCGCCUUUUCUCUAGACGGCCAAGAUUUGCUGGCCGAGGCCGUCCAAAUCGCCUUCCGAAAUGCCAGCGUUUGUCUGACGUCGGAGCUUCUCCAGUCGAUGCCUCCGAUGUUGUCUCCUCCAUCUGUGGUGGUGGAAGGACAGCCAGAACAACCGGAAGAAGAAGCCGCGACGGCCCAAGUCUUGUCCGUCUUGUCGUCAACAAUGGGUUUAUUGCGACGUUGCCGAGUUAAUGCGGCUCUGACGAUCCAGUUGUUUUCUCAACUCUUUCACGCCUUGAAUGCGGCGUUGUUCAAUCGCUUGGUCGGACUCGAUUCGCCACGUUUGCCCGCUUCGGCAUCACACCAUCUUCUACCACCACCAGGUGCCAAUCUUUGCUCCCGUCAGUGGGGCCUUGCACUUAGCAGACGACUGAGACGUUUGGAAGCUUGGGCCGAACGUCAGGGACUUGAAUUAGCUGCCGAUUGUCACUUGGCACGGGUGAUGCAAGCGGCCCAUUUACUCCAGUCGCCUAAAAACACGGCCGAGCAAUUGAUAGAAACUGCCUCUUCGUGUUUCAAGCUCAAUUCGUUGCAGUUGAGAGCCUUGCUGGAACGUUAUAGACCUUCCCCGCAAGAUGGCGAACCGGCUAAUGCAAUUCCGCCGCAAUUGAUUCAACAUAUUGUGCGCGUAGCCGAAGGUACAGCAGACGAACUUCAGCUGGCUGAUGGUCGUCCUCUUCGACUGGACGAAGAUUCCCAGUUGGCCGUUCCGUUUCUAUUACCGGACGACGGAUACUCUUGUGACGUCAUGCGGGGCAUCCCCACCGGAUUGAUGGAAGUCCUCGGUCCGCUCCAGCAGGCCGGCCUUUGCCGUCUGACUCCGCAACCGACUUCGUCCGGCUUAUGGACCAUUUACAUGGGAGAAGGCGGAUCGACUCCGGUGGUUGUCUCCCCGCAACAACAACAUCAUCCCGUCCGUGCACCUUCAGCUGCUGGUGAAGCCAAUCAAUCGUACCCGCCACAGCAGCAACAGCAGCCUGAACUGCAAUUAUUGCAAUUACGCAAGGCUAGUGAUUCCAUGGGUUUGAGCAUCGUGGCCGCCAGAGGCACUGGCCAACAACAAUUAGGCAUUUACAUUAAAUCUGUUGUCAAAGGAGGAUCGGCUGAUAUCGAUGGCCGUUUACAGGCUGGGGAUCAAUUAUUGUCCGUCGAUGGCUACAGUCUUGUUGGAAUUACGCAGGAUAGAGCAGCAGAGAUUUUGAUGAGAACCAGCCAUACGGUUCGCCUGGAGGUUGCCAAACAAGCUGCCAUGUUCCAUGGAUUGGCAACGUUACUCAGUCAACCGUCACCGACUUCAACCGUUUCGCGUUCCACAUUGUCGCUUAAUAAAACGGAUCCCGUCCAACAACAACGUCGCCCACCUUUACCGCAACAACAACAACAGCAGCAGCCACCGUUCCAGGAACGACUGGUCGAUUGGGAUCGUCCUCCCACGUCGCAUCGAAUGAAUUCCAACAGCAGUCCGAGUUUGGUCGCGCAGAACGAACCCCAUCAACAUCAACAGUCCAUGGGUCAAGGCCGUCCCGUCCAACAGACGGCACCACAGUUGCGCAACGCGAAUUCUCGAUCGGUGCCUGCCCUUCACAACAGCGAACCCAAUGUUGGCAUGAUGAAUCAAUCGCAGGAAGGGAUCCAUCAUUUCCAGACUGAACAACAACAACAACAGUUUUACGCUCAGCAGCAACAACAGCAACAACAAAGAGCCAUGAUGAAUCAACGUGCGAUGUCGGCUCAGCUGCUGUCUCAACCGCGCUAUCCUAAUCCUCCGCAACAAGCGACGGAACCGACCAGUCCGACUCGUACAACCGCCACGCAACAAGUACAGGCAACCCGCUCUCGUUCUGUACAGAAUCUCAGUGAAAAUCAACAAAGAGGAUCGACGACAACCUUGAGAGCUCGCCAUCCAUCGGAUGAACGUCAAUAUCAGAAUAUUGCCCUUUAUCAACAACAACAACAGCAGCAACAACAAUUGCAAUAUUCCGGACAAGGUCCUAGGCCCCAGUAUGCCCAACAACUUCCUCCUCCUCCACAACAGCAGCAACAACCAAGGGGGUUAUUAAGUCCAGUUAAUCGGACAUCAGGAGUUGUUGUUCCGGCAUCCGUAGCUCAUCUGCGUCAUCCGUCCAUGUCUCAACAACAGCAAAAUAGCGAAUCGCCUCCACCGCCCCCUCCUCCGCCCGUCUCUACGCAUCCUCUGGUAGCUGCAGCGGCGGCAUCUACCGGCCAACUACAACAACAGCAGAAUCCGUGGGAAAAAGAGGAGAAGGAAAGAGAGACGGCCAUGAGGCGGCAGGAAGCUGCCCGUCAGUGGAUGGAGGAACAAAUCGACGAGCUGGAAUCGACGGCCAACCGGACGCCGAAACAAGAAGAACAGCUGAGAGCCUUGAAACUGGAAAUGGAAUUCCGCAAACGGGCCAUGGAAGCGGCCGAAGAGGAAGACGACGAUGAUGGUGAAGCAACAGGCGAUCGACGCGGAAUGCUUCGCCUUGUCCAAGAAGAUUUGGAACGAGCUAGGCAAUGGCGGCUAGAGAAACAGCAGCAAGUUCAGCAACCACAACCACCGCAGCAACAACACCAACAGGUGAUGACCAUGACCAACGGGAUGAACAACAAUAACACAGCAACAGUGCCGGAUCAGGAACGUAUGCGUAAGAUUGAGGCGUUCCAGCGAAAGCAACGCGAAUUGGAAGCCACUCAAGCGGCCGAGGAACGCAUCAUCCGAGAAGCUCAAAGACGUAAAGAAGAGGACGUGCACCGACAUCAACAGAUGCAGCAUCAACAACAAUGGAGACCCACAUCUGGAACACACGUUUCAGGUCCACCUCCAUCUCUCAUGCCUGGUGGUCAAAGAUUGGAAAGUGCCACUCUUCAGUCGUCCUCAAUGGAUUCCCAGCACACGUCUUCCUCGUCCAGCACAGUAACAUCGACCACAACCAAAAGAGUCUCUUUCUUCCAGGAAACGACUCAGUCAGAAAACAAGAACAGCCGCGAAGAUCCUGAUGCCUUUAUUCUCGAAGCGGAAAACAUGUUGGCCAACACGCCACCAAAGUCGUCUGCUAGUAGUAGCACCAAUAUUGACCAACUGUUGUUGACUGGGAUAAGCACGCCUGGCGUUAUAGGGUCUCAAGAAGUGUAUCGCGAUCCCAGAUUGAAACGGCUGGCUGAGCAACAACAGCAACAGAAGACUCAAUUGAAACCUGGUCCUGAAAAGUUGACAUUUCAAGAGAAAAUGAAAAUGUUUGCUUUGGAAAGCGGGGAACAAGCAACUCCAAAGGACAAAUCUAAAAUAUCUAAAGCCCAGUAAGUGGCACCUUCUGCUGAGAGAAAUUGAGUUGAAACCCAGUCUGACGAGUGAAAAAACCAGCAAUUGAUGCAAGUAUUCUUACUCCACUUUUUCCAAGUAUUGAUUCCAUCCACACACAAAAAUGAGCAACUUUUUUUUCCAAUUCAGUUUUAUAUUUAUCCUGGACAGAUUUAUGUUUAGGCUAUCUGCUGCUAAUAUUUGAACAAAAUCUCUGUAGCCUUUUCUCAACUCUCGGUUUCCAGUUUUUCCCAAAAGGCAGACUUCCUUGUCAGUUUGCUUUAUUCCAGGCUUUCGAAACAAACUUCUUUUAUGUAUAGCAAAUACUUUUCGUGUUGACUUGUGCAGAAACUGCAGCUUGGAAGUCCUUGUUUCCUUUCCGACGACCAAUUAUUAUUCAUUUCUGUUUUGGCAGCACUCCCUUCCUCGUCUUUAAUGUUCGCUAUAGAACGAACGUUCGAAAAAGAAAGACAACACAAGCUAUUUACUUUCUUUCGUGUAUUUUUAAGAUUACCACUUUUCCCCACUUGUAUUGCUAGAGGAAAAACUUCUACAGGUUGUUAGUUUUUUUUCUCCCCACAACUAUCCUGACGAUUUGACGUAAAAUUGUAAUAAAAAAACGAGUAGGUCGUUUGUUAAAAUCUCGAAAAUGCGGCUAAUAUUGCGCAGGAAUAGCUACCCUUUCUGAAUCUUUUUUUUCUUUACACAUCUCGUCUGUAUUUUGCUAGAGCGAACAAGAAAUACAUUAGACAACGUUUGGACAAUUUA